AUGACAGAUGGGGGCGAACGAGCAAGAAAGUCACCUGAUGAUAAAUUACAAACUCCCCAAUCAUUCGCUCAGUCGGUGCAGGAAUUGUUCAUCGCACUCCAACGGACCGGCGAUCCUGCCCAGCUCGUUGUUAUGAGUCUGCAUUUAGACAGGCUCGCUAACAUUGAUGCUAGUCCAGAUGCAAAAAGUCCUACCUGGCUGCAGCUAGGGGAGGUGAUGACGUCACUGAAAGAGGUGGUGGCUGGCUUGAUCCACUACUUGCAGCAGCAGACACAGGGCAGAGAUUCGAACCACAACCAAAAACACAACCUGAGUGAGAGAUGUUUGGAAAGCACUGCAAGUCAGGGGUCCCCGCAGGCAGCGUCCACCCCUACACAUGCCAAAUACAAAGUGUCGAUGUGCAGGGAUGCCGCCGCGAGAUCCUUCUGUCCAAGGGGCAACGCUUGUACCUUUGCCCACUCAGAGGAAUUUCGCGAAUACGUUACCCAAAUUAAUGGUAACUACGCGUUCGUGCCAAUUCAUCCAAGUCCCGUCCCUCUGACGGGCAAGGAAUGCCACUUCCGCCGCAGUUCCCCCAGUAUCCUGUUGCACAGCCCAUCAUUGAGCAACAUAAACUUCAACGUACCACCCAUACCUCCUGUGAAUAUACCGACAGAACUGGGAGACAAUUCGCACGGCAACAGCAGUCAUCAAGCUGCUGGCUACACAAUGCCUCACCAUCAGAUUAUUUUGGGUCAACCAAUGCCCACAACGAGAUUAUGA